AUGCUGCAGUGCAUAUUUCUCCUCUCAGAUGCCGGAGAGGUAAUGCUAGAGAAACAGCUCUCACGGCACUGCGUCGAUCGCUCCAUUUGUGCUUGGUUCUGGGAACAAGCCAUUUCACUUGGCGACUCCUUCAAGCAACAACCAGUGAUUACCUCUCCUACUCAUUACAUUUUCCAAGUUUUUCGUGAUGGAAUCACUUUUUUGGGGUGCACGCAAGUUGAAAUGCCACCCUUGAUGGCCAUUGAGUUCCUUUGUAGGGUAGCUGAUGUCCUCAAUGAUUAUUUUGGGGCCUUAAAAGAAGACAUACUUAAAGACAACUUUGUCAUUGUGUACGAGCUGUUGGAUGAGAUGAUAGACAAUGGCUUCCCGUUAACUACAGAACCUAGUAUCCUGCGAGAGAUGAUUACUCCGCCAAAUAUGGUUAACAAAGCGUUGAGCAUUGUGACUGGUAGCAGUUCAAAUGUGAAGGAUACCCUUCCUAGGGCUACUGCAUCUUGUAUUCCCUGGAGAACAUCAGAGCCAAAGUACUCCAACAAUGAUGUAUAUGUAGACCUUGUUGAAGAAAUGGAUGCGAUUAUAAACAGGGAUGGAGGUUUGUUGAAAUGUGAGAUCUAUGGUGAAGUUCAAGUAAAUUCCCAUAUCUCAGGUUUACCUGAUUUAACACUUUCAUUUAAAAAUCCUUCCAUCCUAGAUGAUGUGAGGUUCCAUCCAUGUGUUCGUUUCCGGCCUUGGGAGUCUCAUCAAAUUCUUUCUUUUGUGCCUCCUGAUGGACAAUUUAAGCUUAUGGGUUACAGAGUAAGAAAGUUGAUGAGCACCCCAAUAUAUGUAAAGCCGCAGUUAACUUCAGAUGGUGGGACAUGUCGUCUUAGUGUAUUAGUUGGAACUAGAAAUGAUCCUGGAAAGACAAUCGACUCAGUUACUGUUCAGUUUCAGCUCCCUCCUUUCAUCAUAUCAGCUGAUCUGACUUCAAAUCAUGGAACAGUGAACAUCCUUGAUAAAAAGACAUGCAUAUGGUCCAUUGGUCGGAUUCCAAAAGAUAAAGCUCCUUCCAUGUCUGGAACAUUGGUGAUUGAAACUGGUUUGGAGCGCCUUCAUGUCUUCCCUUCAUUUCAAGUGGGUUUUAGGAUUAUGGGUGUCGCCCUUUCUGGUCUGCAAAUAGAUAAACUGGAUCUGAAGAAUGUAACAUACCGAUUUUACAAAGGUUUUAGAGCUCUUACUCGGGCAGGUGAAUUUGAAAUAAGAUCAUAA